CCACCACCACCACACUCUCCUCUAAAACGAUCUGCUGCUUUGGUCUGCAGUCAGUCAGCCGCCUGACUUGUAGGAGGAGGGACAGGGAAAUGCCUUUCUCUGUGGGAGACAUUAGCCCUGUGAUCUCAUGAAUAUGUUAUAGAGGCUCAUUGUGCAAUGAGGAAGGUAGACCGCGCUGCCAGGUUACGGCCUGCCCCAGCACACACUGCUACAGGCGUACUCUAAUUGGCCCAGCUAGCUGGUUCGUUAAUUAGCCUCAUAGUUAUUAGCUAGUUAAUAAUAGCUGUUUAUUGGUGACACCGCAUGUAAGUUUGUAAUAAAUGACAGCGGUACAAUAAUAUUCCAAGCGUUGAACUGUGUAGUUACUCCUCAACAGUCUGGGAUGUGAAAACAAAAAGAAGCCAAAGUAAAACAUGUUCUUAACGGUCUAACAUCGCUGGACAACGCGGUCAUCGGGCAGCCUCGUCUCGUUAGCCCGACUGCGACACUAACUAGCUAGCUAAUGCUAGCUAACGCAACUGUCUGCACUCAAGCGGCUUCAUCGUCUGGCAGCUGGAGCAGGCGGAAGCUGAAAUCGGUCCAAGCAAAACAGAGUGGCGGUUCGGAGGGUCAGCCGAGGGUUGAUUUAGUGCCUCCAGUGUGACGAUGGCAGCAGCCGAGAGGUCCGAGCGAAAGGACGAGAAGGGGAAAAGGUGAAGACGAAGGGGACGAGCGGCUGAUGAAGACGAGGUCAGGACGACGAGACUAAGAGAGGUGGAGGUGGUGUGAGGGUGGUGUCAGGGUGGUGUCUCAGUCGUUCCGAUGUCUGACACAGAGACAGACAUCUUACACGUUUCCCCCUUUGUGUAGUUCAGCUGCUGAGCUGUGAUGGAAGUUACAAGGUGCCGUCUGGAGGCUGCUGCUGCUGCUGCCUUUUGAUAGGAGGGAAACCAGGGGCCGCCUCUCGACGACAGUGGGGGCUCUCUGAUGAUCCCCCCGUUCAUCCGAUGAAACCCCUCAACUCCAUGAAACCCUCCCUGCCUCCCAAUCCACAAAGCACUGACGGCCCCUUCCUAAAUGACCCAGUCUCCUGGCAACCAGGCACCAAUCAGCACGCAGGAUCUCUCUCUGUAGUAACCACAGUGUGGGGCGUGACCAAUCCCACACACAGCCAGGUGUUCGGUGCACCCAUGGGUCCGGGUGAGAGCUCCGGCGGUCACAUGAUGCCUGGUGGCAGCCCUGGUAUGGGUCCAGGCAUGGGCUCCCAGUUCAUGGGCCAGCAGUCGUAUGGAGAGGCUGUGUCUAAGGGCUACGGUCAGCCUAUCAUGUAUGGACGUCCCAGCGCUGCUUACAACCCGGCGUCGGGCUACGGUGGAAGUUACUCUGGUAACAGCGGAGGUGCCGGUCUGGGCGUUCGGCCUCCCUCAGACUUCACUCAGGCUGCUGCAGCGGCUGUUGCCGCCGCCGCUGCCACGGCGACUGCCACUGCUACGGCAACUGUUGCAGCCAUACAGGAAAAACAGCACCAGGAGCUCAACUACGGACAGAUGGGUGGAGCAUCCGCCUACGGCACCCAGUUCCUGUCUCAUUCGGGCCCCCGCGGCCCUCCUCCGGGGAUGGUCUCUUCCCGGCCCGGACCUCCUCCUACCACAGGGGGCAUGUAUCCUUCUCACCCUGGCCAGACUCAGAAGAUGCCCCAGCAUGGAGGGUAUCCAGGUGGACCGCAGGGGCUCAAACGGCCCUUUCAUUCAGAGAGUUUUCCCGUGCAGCAGUACGGCUCUUCUGGGAUGUCGGGGUACCCUAACCAGCCCCUGCAGUACCCGGCGGGUCCACAGCAGCGAUGUGCCCCCUCACCCUCUUACCCCUCCAGUCGGAUGCCCCUCAUGGGACAGUACACUUCUGGAUCACACAACCCGGGACAGUUCAACCCCGGAGCCGGCCAGCCCAACCCUCCACAGUAUUAUAAGUCAGAGCCGUUCAAUGGCCAGGGCAGCCUGCCGUCUGGGGGAGCGGGAGGAUACAACGCCUUCACACAGGCUGCAGUGAGCGGGCCAGGUCGGGGUGGGGUGAUGCCCGGAUAUCCGAGCUCGCCGAUGGGGGGGAAUCCCACGCCUCCGAUGACGCCCGGGACGUCCAUGCCUCCCUACCUGUCCCCAGGCCAGGACACAAAGCCCCCCUACCUUCCACCAGACAUCAAACCCAACAUCAGCGCCCAGCAGCCCUCGACAGGUAACCCCAGUGACGACCUGCGUCUGACCUUCCCGGUACGAGACGGCAUCGUGUUGGAGCCGUUCAGACUGGAGCACAACCUGGCCGUCAGUAACCACGCCUUCCAGCUGAGGGACUCGGUCUACAAAACACUCAUGAUGAGGCCUGACCUGGAGCUGCAGUUUAAGUGUUACCACCACGAGGACAGACAGAUGAACACUAACUGGCCUGCGUCUGUGCAAGUGAGCGUCAAUGCGACUCCUUUGUGUAUUGAAAGAGGUGACAACAAGACCUCCCACAAGCCCCUGUACCUGAAGCAGGUGUGUCAACCAGGACGAAACACCGUUCAGAUCACAGUGACCGCCUGCUGUUGUUCCCACCUGUUUGUGUUGCAGUUGGUCCACCGGCCGUCUGUCAGGUCGGUCCUGCAGGGCUUGAUGAAGAAGCGACUCCUGCCGGCCGAGCACUGCAUCACUAAGAUAAAGAGAAACUUCAGCAGCGGCACCAUCCCGGGGACCCCCGGUCUCAACGGAGAGGACGGCGUCGAGCAAACGGCCAUCAAGGUUUCUCUCAAAUGCCCGAUCACGUUCAGACGCAUCCAGCUGCCAGCCAGAGGUCACGACUGCAGACACAUACAGUGCUUCGACCUGGAGUCCUACCUGCAGCUGAACUGUGAGAGAGGAACCUGGAGAUGUCCUGUGUGCAAUAAAACAGCUCUGCUCGAGGGGCUGGAGGUGGACCAGUACAUGCUCGGGAUUCUUGUCUACAUCCAAAACUCGGACCAUGAGGAGAUUACCAUAGACCCAGUGUGUGGCUGGAGGCCGGUGCCCGUCAAACCCGACCUGCACAUAAAGGAGGAGUCUGACGGCCCGGUCCUGAAGCGCUGCCGAACAGUCAGCCCGAGUCACAUGGUCCUGCCCAAUGUGAUGGAAAUGAUCGCCGCUCUGGGCCCGGCAUCAUCCCCUUACCACAGUGUGCCGGCAGGCGGCAGGAACACCCCAGACUACAACAGGCCAGGGAGUCAGGGAUUCUCCAGCCAAACGGGCUUCACAGACUUCCCCAACACUCCCGGCACCCCGACACUCGGCGAGUACGCCUCCUCUGGACCGCCGCCACCCCUCCCCUACCAGUCUGAGCAGACGCCUCAUGCUGGACGAAUCGAACAUGGCCAUAAUAUCCUGCAGCAGCACAGUUCAGGCGUCCACGCCAAUCAGAGUCUCGGUGACUCUGGCAGUCCGCUGCCACAGAGGAACGCCGGUACCCAGAAUUCCCGGCUGCAGAGCGAAACCUCCUUCGGUCUGGGAGGCCCAGGAGCACCUGGAGGAGAUGGAGCUGAUCAUGCACUAGAUCUUCUUCCUGAGCUGACCAACCCGGACGAGCUGCUGUCCUACCUGGGCCCCCCCGACCUGCCCAACAACAGCAGCGAUGACCUGCUGUCUCUGUUCGAGAACAACUGACCGCCUUCGUCAUCCCGUCCAGCCUGACUGGAGUCCUGCCCUCGUCGGUCGAGGACGGCGGCGUCUGUCGGCUCGACUGGACUGCGCUUUGACGCCCAAUCAGUGCAGAGUACGAGAACAGGAGGGAACAUGAACACGUCAUCGUGAGCGUGAAGAGCACGACGCACUGACUGCAGACCAGCAUUUUAAACUAUAGCACAAACCGCAGGCUGAAGGGUUUAAAUAUAUUUCUGUAUUUAUAGAUUUAUCAGAUGAAGCGGAGAACAGUGAAAGCUGGGGUGUGUUCAGCUAAUUAAUGCAGCGGUUCCAAACGUUUUCUGUUGCUUAACAAGCGCACACACACACUCUCCUGGUAGAUUAUUCAGUAACACAAACACCACAUUUCUGCUGUUCAGGUUCACUUUCACAAACUCCUCUGUGCUUUACUCGUCCCCCCAUGUAACCUCCCGGUGUGGGAGCCGCUGCGUUAACGGUUAACGCUCGAGAUUUUCUCCAGAUUUCUUCCUGUCAGCGAGUCCCAUGAAAAACCUGAGACCAGCGACGUGUUUCUGACUUUCCAGGCCCAAGCCCAGUGAAGGUCGGAUCCUUCAAAACUUUAUUUGUAUUUGUCACAGUCAAACUAGAUAAAAUGAAAAAACUAAACUUUUAAAGAUCAAACACUAUCAUAAAAUUAGUUUUUGUAGUUUUUGUUGGGCUCCUUGUUAGUGGAUCCACUGAAUGUUGAGUUUAAGCUUUUUUUGAUGGGAUUUGAUGGCAGUGAGAGAAAUCUGUAAUUUCACAGAAUUGACCUUUUAAAUAUGUGAUGAUGUAAGAUAGGGGCAGUUAAAAGUGAAAAGAUCCUCCCGUUUUGGAACGAGGAAUAAAAUGAAGCUGUACAGAAGACAUUUGUUUUCCUCCGUGAAGCUGGGAGAGCUGAGGUUCUUCUGCACUGUGAAACGUAUGGACUCUCGUCUUCGGUUGGUUUUCGCUCUCUUCCUGGGGCUUUUCAGGCAUACUGUAAAUGAGUACAGCCGUGUGUCAUGGCAUUUUCUGCCAUUUGAAAGCUGUUAGUAUGUUUUUCACAUGUAUAACCCAUCAUGACACGGGUUUCUGUACUGUAUAAUCAGCUGUUUUCAUUAGAGAACGUGUGUGUAUCAAACCAGUUGUUAACCAUGGUAAUUUUAAUGUUAUUAGUUGGAUAAUGGGUCACUGUAUACUUGCUGUGUGUGAGAAGAUUCUGUAAAAAAUCAGUCAUACAAACCGUCAGCUGACAUUAAGCAACGCAGUUAAAGACGCAGAAAUGAUUUCUUAAUACCACUUUUUAAAGCUGGCGUCUUUUUCUACGAAUCAUUUUCCGAUUUUGUGGUCAGAAAAGGCAGCAGGAAAUAAAUUGAAGCGACACAAUAAUGUUUUAUUUGGAAAUUGAGGAGUAUUUAACUGCAAAUUUGCUAGGAAAAAAUUUUUUAAUAUGUAAACUAUUCCACACGUAUUUUGUAAGCGCAUUGUAAUUGCCAUUAUUUUCUAUUUAUUUUUUAAUCAUAAUCAUCAUUGUAUCGACAGUUACCUUGUCCCUCUGAAACUCAGAAUUAAAAAUCACUUUAUUUGAGAAAA